AUGUCUCAUCAUUUUUACCAUUUAGAACUGGAAUUAAAAUAUGAUGAUACAUCAAAAGAAAGUGAUAUAAAUGAUUUAGCUGCAACAGCAAUAUGUACUGAAAAAUUUGGAUUAUUUAGUAAAAUAUGUAAACUUGGUGAAUGUUGUUGUAUUGAAAAUGUAUCAUAUUCGACAUUAUCACAAUGUGGUGCGUAUCAAAAAUAUUCAUAA